GCCCUCGCGGCACCCUGUAGCCGCGCGCCUCGUCGAGCCAGCGCCAAGAUGGCGGUUCUGACAGGCGGAGGGUGGACGCGCCGGGGGUCGCGGGGGCCGGAGCGGAACCGCCGCGACUGAGCCCCUGAGCCGCCCUCGAGGCAGGCGCCCGGCCGCCGGGACUCGGGACAUGGUGCGAUCCGCGCCGGGCCGCCGCCGCCGCCGCCGCCGCUGAGCUCGCGGGCCGCGCCAGGCUCGAACGUGGGAGCGGGAAGAUGUUUUCCGCGCUCAAGAAGCUGGUGGGGUCGGAGCAGGCUCCGGGCCGCGACAAGAAUAUCCCCGCCGGGCUGCAGUCCAUGAACCAGGCGCUGCAGAGGCGCUUCGCCAAAGGGGUGCAGUAUAACAUGAAGAUAGUGAUCCGAGGAGACAGGAACACGGGCAAGACCGCGCUGUGGCACCGGCUGCAGGGCAAGAAGUUUGUGGAGGAGUACAUCCCCACGCAGGAGAUCCAGGUCACCAGCAUCCACUGGAACUACAAAACCACUGAUGAUAUCGUGAAAGUUGAAGUCUGGGACGUAGUUGACAAAGGGAAGUGCAGGCGGCGAGGUGAUGGCUUGAAGGUGGAGAACGACCCCCAGGAGGCAGAGUCCGAGAUGGCCCUGGACGCCGAGUUCCUGGACGUGUACAAGAACUGUAACGGGGUGGUCAUGAUGUUUGACAUCACCAAGCAGUGGACUUUCAACUACAUCCUACGGGAGCUUCCCAAGGUGCCGACCCACGUGCCAGUGUGCGUGCUGGGGAACUACCGUGACAUGGGCGAGCACCGAGUCAUCCUGCCCGACGACGUGCGAGACUUCAUCGACAACCUGGACAGACCUCCAGGCUCCUCCUACUUCCGCUAUGCCGAGUCCUCCAUGAAGAACAGCUUUGGCCUAAAGUACCUUCACAAAUUCUUCAAUAUCCCGUUUCUGCAGCUUCAGAGAGAGACGCUGCUCCGGCAGCUGGAGACGAACCAGCUGGACGUGGACGCCACUCUGGAGGAGCUGUCGGUGCAGCAGGAGACCGAGGACCAGAACUACGACAUCUUCCUGGAGAUGAUGGAGGCACGCAGCCGUGGCCACGCAUCCCCAUUGGCAGCCAACGGGCAGAGCCCAUCCUCAGGCUCCCAGUCUCCAGUGGUGCCUCCCAGUGCUGUGUCCACAGGGAGCUCUAGCCCCAGCACACCCCAGCCAGCCCCACAGCUGCCCCUCCACACCCCCUCGGCCUGCCCCUGUCCCCCACCCCCCACGGCGGCCCCACUGCCCCCUGCAGCCCCUGCCCCACGGCGCAGCAUCAUCUCGAGGCUCUUCGGGAGCUCGCCAGCUGCUGAGGCAGCCCCUUCGCCCCCAGAGUCAGGCCCAGCUGCAGAGGCCCCACCCCAAGUCCAGAACGUGGAGGAUUUCAUUCCUGAAGAAGGCCUUGACCGCAGCUUCCUGGAUGACACAGCCCCCCACAAGGAUGAGAAGAAAGUUGGAGCCAAGGUCCUGCAAGACAGUGACAGCGAUGGGGAGACCCCAGGUGGGAACCCGCUGGUGGCAGGUUUCCAGGAUGACGUGGACGUGGAAGACAAGCCGCCCAGCAGGCCCCUGCGGCCUCCAGGCCCCGUCCCCAAGGAAAACAUCGCUGCUUCCAGUGCAGAGCAAGCAGAGGGGCUGGCAGCGCACCCCACGGCCACUGUCCUGGUCCCCCAGAAGUGCUCUGAACCAGAGAGCAAACGGCCCUCCACAAAGGCUGCGAGGCUGCACAGGGGUGCGGCUCCCAGGGCGGUGGAGCCCCGCCGGCCAGGCGCCCACAAGUCCCCCACCGAGGACCCCUCUGGAGGGCAUGAGGAGGGGAAGGACGAGCAGGGAGCGUCAUCAGAGAGUGAUCCUGAGGGGCCCAUCGCCGCCCAGAUGCUGUCCUUCGUCAUGGAUGACCCCGACUUCGAGAGUGACUCGGACCCUCAGCGGAGAGCGGAUGAGUUCCCAGUGCGAGAGGACCUCUCUGACGAGACAGACGAGGAUGCCGUUCCUGCCCAGCCGCCCCCACCCCCCAAGCCUCCCGUGUCCUCCUUCAGACUGAAGAAUGACUCGGACCUCUUCGGGUUGGGACUGGCAGAAACGGGCCGCAAGGAGAUCAGCGAUGAAGAUAAGGCGGGCAAGCCUCCCACGAAAGAGAAGAAGAAGAAAAAAGGCAAAGAGGAGGAAGAAAAGGCCGUGAAGAAAAAGAGCAAGCAUAAGAGAAGCAGGGACAGGGAGGAGGGCAGGCAGGAGCGGCGGCGGCGGCCCAGGGGCACAGAGAGGACGGCUGUGGACGAGCUGGAGGCCCUGGGGGCUGCAGCCCCAGCCGGCCACCUCCGCGGGGGCGGGGACUACGAGGAGCUCUAGGCCUAGCACCGCGGACCGCCGGGGUGGAGACGGACCGCCGGGGUGGAGACGGGCCUCCCGCUCCAGAGCUGGGACUGCCGGCCCGCCCUGCAGGGAGUGGGCCGGCGGGCGGUGGGCGGGGGCUCUGCGGGCAGCCGGCCCCCAG